AUGGCUGUUGAGGCAGGGAUUGAAGUUUGUUAUGGGACUGAUGGUUUGAUUUUAAGUCAACAAAAAUAUAUUCAUGAGUUGCUGCAAAGGAGUGGUUUCGAAUGGGUCAAGGGUCUUCCUACUCCUAUGGUAGCAAGUUGUAGGUUGUUUACUAGUGAAGGCACACCUAUUAGCAAUGUUGUUCAGUACAGAAAUAUUGCACCUCGCGUUGUUUAUUUUCAAGCUGUAAAGAGAAUUUUGCGAUAUUUGCAAGGGUCAAUUGAUUAUGGUUUGAAGUUCACUCCUUCUCGAUUGUCCUUGACCAGGUUUGUUGAUGCAAACUGGGGACCUGACGUGGAUGAUAGGCAGUCCACUUCAAGUUUUUGUAUCUUUUUUGGGGGUAAUUUGGUGUCUUGGAGCUCUCACAAGCAACAAGUUGUGGCACGCUCCACUGCCCGAAUACAGGAGUGUCACCUCCGCAGCUACUGA